AUGUCUACCUACAAAAUCCCUCAGUCGGAGCCCAUCGCCAUUGUUGGCACGGGAUGUCGGUUUGCCGGCGAUGUAAACUCCCCUUCUCAGCUGUGGGAUCUCCUCUCCAAGCCCAAGGACCUCACACAAAAGGUUCCCGGUAACCGGUUUAACGUUAAGGGCUUCUACCACCCCGAUGGCGAAUAUCACGGUGCCACAAAUGCCACGCAGGGAUACUUCCUCGAGCAGGACCACCGCGUAUGGGAUGCGGGAUUCUUCAACAUUACCCCUAAAGAAGCCGAGGCCAUCGACCCUCAGCAGCGUAUCAUCCUCGAAGUCGUGUAUGAGGCCCUCGAGUCUGCCGGAUACACCCUCUCCCAGUAUGCCGGCCGUAAGGUCGCCGUAUAUGCCGGUCUCAUGACCGCCGACUACGACUCGCUUUGCCAGCGUGACGAUAUCACCGCCAGCCAGUACUUCGCCACCGGUAACUCGCGAGCCAUCCUCUCCAACAGGAUAUCCUACUUCUUCAACUUCCGCGGCCCCUCCAUGACGAUCGAUACGGCAUGCUCAUCGAGCUUAGUCGCCCUCCACCAAGCCGUCCUCAGCCUGCGGUCCGGCGAGUGCGAGAUGGCCUGCGUGGCCGGCGCAAACAUGAUGAUCACGCCCGAGCAGUUCAUCACCGAGUCCAGCCUCCACAUGCUCAGCCCUACCGGGCGGUCCAGGAUGUGGGACGUCGGCGCGGACGGAUACGCGCGCGGCGAGGGUUUCGCCGCGCUGUUCAUCAAGCCCCUCUCUCAGGCCCUGAAAGACGGAGACGCAAUCAUCAGCAUUGUGAGAGAGACGGGCGUCAACUCGGACGGCCGGACCCAGGGCAUCACCAUGCCCAACCCCCUCGCCCAAGCCGACUUGAUCAGGGACACGUACCGGAGGUCGGGUCUGGACGCGCAGAACCCCGCCGAUCGAUGCCAGUAUUUUGAGGCGCACGGAACGGGCACCCAGGCCGGCGACCCGAGGGAGGCGCAAGCCAUUGCGACCGCCUUCUUCGGGAACGAGGCGUCGGCUACCGCGGAUAGCGAUGACAAGAAGCUCGUCGUCGGUUCCGUCAAGACCGUCAUCGGUCACACGGAAGGCGCCGCUGGCUUGGCUGGGCUGUUGAAGGUGGUGCACUCCAUGCACCACAAGUCCAUCCCUCCCAACUUGCACCUCGAGACCCUCAACCCGAGUGUCCGGCCAUUCUACGGCCACCUUCGCAUCGCGACCCAGCUCAUCCCAUGGCCCCAGGUUCAGGCUGGCCAGCCGCUCCGUGGCAGCGUAAACUCCUUUGGCUUCGGUGGCACCAACUCCCACGCCAUCAUCGAGAGGUACGAGCCAAGCAUCCACGACCAGGUUGCGAAGCGGUUCGCCCCGUCCCUGGAACUCCCCGCUGCUGUGGGCGCUUCCGCAGCAUACGACGCGAAGGCUCCCACCGUUGGACUUCCUCUGGUUCUUUCAGCCAAGUCGCAGAAGUCUCUUGUUGCUGUUGCUCGCUCCGUUCGUGACUUCAUGGUCGGAAACAAGACGUCGGCAGAUGAAGUCGCUUACAGCCUCUACUCGCACCGCUCGGCCCUGACUUACAGAGUAUCAGUCAGCGGUGAAUCUCAGGAUGCGGUCAUUGCUGGUCUCGACAACCUCCUGGCCAAGGCUGGAUCCUCUGCCAACCCUGAACUCGGUGUUCGCGCCAAGCUCGAUGGCAGCAAGCCCAAGAUCCUCGGCAUCUUCACCGGCCAGGGUGCUCAGUGGUCUGGGAUGGGACGCAAGCUCUUCCACUCCAACUCCGUCUACCGCAACGCCAUUCAGGGGCUCGAAAAGGUUCUGAAGAGCUGCCCUCACCCUCCCGAGUGGUCGUUGGUCAAGGAGCUCAUCAACCAGGAUGACGCCUCCAGGAUCAACAUCGCGGCGCUGUCCCAGCCGCUCUGCACCGCGGUUCAGAUCGCCCUCAUCGAUCUGCUUUCCAGCCUCGGCGUUUCCUUUCACACUGUGGUCGGCCACUCCUCUGGCGAGAUCGCGGCCGCCUAUGCUGCCGGCGUGCUGAGUGCGCGUGACGCCAUGCUCAUCUCCUACUACAGGGGUAUGUCGGCUCACCUCGCGGGUGGGAAGAACGGCCAGAAGGGCAUGAUGAUGGCCGUCGGCAUGACGCGCGCCGAAGCUUCUGCCCUAUGUGCCCGGGACGACAUCAAGGGUCGCAUCUGGGUCGCCGCCAGCAACGCUCCCACCAGCGUGACGCUGUCGGGAGACAUCGACGCCGUCAAGGCGCUGCAGGCUGAGUUGUCUGCGGAGAACAAGUUCGCCCGGCUCUUGGUCGUCGACACGGCGUAUCACUCCGCCCACAUGGAGAAGCCGGCUGCGGAGUACAUGCAGGGCUUGGCCGCUUGCGGCAUCGCGCCGAGACAACGGAAUGCAACGGUGUGGGUCUCUAGCGUCUACGCCGAUGGCACGGAGCCGACCGUCGAUGAGCUUAAGGCGACCUACUGGAAGGACAACAUGGUCAAGGCCGUCUCUUUCUACGAGGCUAUUGAUCUCGCUCUGAGCUCUCAGGGUCCGUUCGACUGCGCGGUUGAGGUUGGUCCUCACCCUGCACUGAAGGGACCCGUCCAGCAGACUGUCAAGGCUGCUACUGGUGGCGCUUUGUCUUAUGCCGGCCUUCUUGACCGUAAGAAGGAUGACCGACACGCCUUUGCCGAGUUCCUGGGCUUCACCUGGUGCUACUUCGGUCCCGAGGCCAUCGGAUGGAAGGCUCUCAUCUCCAACUCGACUCAGCGAGGCCUCUUGUCCUCGAAGACCGAGUUGCCUUCUUACCCCUGGGACCACAGCCAGAUGCACUACCGCGAGUCUCGCAUCGCCCACCAGUACCACUUCCGCGAGCAAGGCCCCCAUGAGCUUCUCGGUGUCCGAACCCGUGACGACACCGAGUUUGAGCUCCGUUGGCGCAACAUUCUCAAGCUUGAGACGGUCCCCUGGAUCCAGCACCACAAGUUCCAGGGACAGGCUCUCCUCCCCGCCUCUGCUUAUUGUGUGCUCGCAUUGGACGCAGCCAAGGCCGUUCUCAACGGCCGCCCGGCAUCAGUCGUGGAGCUGACGGAUCUUGAGUUCAUGAGCGGUAUCUCCCUCGAGUCCAACACAUACGGAGUCGAGAUUCUCGUGGCGCUGAGCAUCCAGCCCCCUUCGACGAAGGGCCGCUUGGCUGGCAAGGUCAUCGACGGCACCUUCACCAUCACCUCCUGCUACGCCGACGGUGUCGCUCCCAUGCAGAAGAACUUCACUGGCAACCUGCGCAUCUACCUUGGCGAGCCAUCCGAGGGUGCCCUCCCCGAGCGUGAUCCCGCCCUGGCAGAGACCCUUCCCGCCGACACCGACGCCUUCUAUCAGAUGAUGUCGGAGAUCGGUCUAGACUACACCGGUCCCUUCCGUGCUCUCCAGGGUAUCGAUCGCAGAUACAACUUCUGCACUGCCAAACUCCAGAAGUUCCACGACGAUGAUACCACUGGGCUCGGUGUAAGCCCCGCGACGCUGGAUAGUUGCUUCCACUCGGUCUUUGCUGCCUGCGCUUCACCUGGCGACAAGUCGCUGUGGACUUCCUUCCUUCCCAGGAGCAUUGAGAAGAUCCGCUUCAACCUGGCCAUCUGCGAUGGCAAGCCAAGCGAUGGGGCCUCGUUGGUGGUCGAUUCGAUCAUCACCCAGGAGAUUCCCCGCACCAAGACCGCCACCACCAAGUUCGUCGGUGACAUGAGCAUCUUCAACCCGCGCGGCGAGAUGGAGAUCCAGGUCGAGGGCCUCAUGGUCGCUUCCUUCGCCAACUCGAAGCCCGAGGACGACAAGGAGCUGUACCUCCACACCGUCAUGGACCUCGACCCCGAGCACGAGAUUGUCUCUGCGGAUCUCAGCUCGGAGGACGUGGCUACUGAGCGCAUUCUUUUGGAGAGCUGCGAGAGAGUUGCGCGAUUCUACAUUCAGGAUGAGGCCGCCAUCAAAGAGAUUGGGGCGUCUCCUACCUUCUUCACUCCCCCGUCGUCGCCUCUUGCCCCCGCUAAGCCUGCUGCGACUGAGGCGAUUCCCAGCCCUUGGAAGUCCGACACUAUGGAAUCUCUGGACGCAUUCAUCCUUCAGUCUCCCUUCUACCAUGCGCUCGAGUUCAUCCGCAUGCUCGGACAGAACAUCCCCGACGUCCUCCCUGCCAUGAUCUCCACCAUCAUCCAGGAGGCCAAGCAGCUGCACCGCUUCAGAUCCCACGUCAGCCGUGUCGUCUCUCAGAUCGCACACCGUUACCCCCGCAUGCGGGUUCUCGGCCUGACUGACCCGGAAGCCGGUCUCUCCGAGCACGUCAUCAGUGGUCUCAAGGGCUCGUUCCUGUCCUACACCAUCGGAACCGAGGCCGAGAAGAACUUGCUCGCCAGACUUUCCGGCCCCGAGACGCUCAAGAAGAAGAUCGACACGGAGCACACCAAGCUUCUCGACUCGGAGGAUAACUCGUCCCUCCAGCCUUUCGACCUGGUUGUCUUGACCACUUCGGUGGUCAAGGGCGCCGAGCAGCGCGACAGGCUCAAGCACGUCCAGAGCCUGAUGAAGCCUGGUGCUUACCUCAUUCUCAUCCACGAGUCCAUGAGCCCGCUCAGAGAUAGGCUCCGUCGCGCCUUCGGAGUGAGAACUCAGGUCGAUGCGCCUCUUACGCCUCCGGAGUGGCCCGAUCUCUUGGAUGAGUGUGGUUUCGUCCGCUCAGCGAAGAAGGCUGAGCAGUUCUUCGCUCCGGACUUCUCCCUCAUCGUGAGACAGGCAGAGUCGGAGUUGAAGCAGAUUGCUCUGAACCCUCUCAACGGCUCCCUUCCCAAGGUGGCCGGACAGACUCUCAUUAUUGGGGCGGGAGGAAAUUCGGCCGACCUCGCCGCGGAAGUCCACGAGAAGCUGAUGCCUGCCUGCGACAUGAUCGACAUCGUCGCCGACAUCGAUUCUCUCGAGCCCGCCUACUUCAACGGCGUCAGCAAUGUUGUCAUGCUCGCUGACCUGGACCAGCCCAUGAUGAGCACCAUGACUUCCGAGCGACUUGAUCUCCUUCGCGCUCUGAUGGCUCCCGAGAAGGUUGUUCUGUGGGUUACCAUGAACUCUCGCGCCGGCAACCCCGAGCACGCCGCCACCUACGGUUUCUCGCGCUCUAUGCUUGCUGAGAUCCCCAGUCUGAAGCUUCAGAUGCUGGACCUCGACUCCCGCAGAGACUCCGUUGAUGCCGUUGCUGAGACAUUCUUGCGGUUGAGCAUGAAGGAUCUCCGCAUUAGCGCUCAGGACGGUGAGGUGUUGUGGACUCACGAGAACGAGAUCUUCCUCGAGCACGGCCACCGUCUUGUUCCUCGUGUCGUUCCCUGGAAGGAGGGCAACGAUCGUGUCAACUGCCCGCGCCGACUAGUCUCUUCCGAGGUUAACACGCUCGAGAGCUGCGUCGAGAUUGUCUCUUCGCAGUCCGGCGAUGGCUUGGCUGUUUAUACUGCCAACGUUGUUGAGGGCGAGAUCCUCGACGCCAUCGUUCCGGACCAGAGUGUCAUCCAGGUCGACUACAGCUCGGUUGAGGUCAUCAACUUUGGCCUGAAGUAUGCUUCUCACGUCUCCAUCGGCAAGGACGUUUCGACCGGCGGGCAGUGCCUGGCCCUGACCAAGGCCAACUCCUCUUACAUCACGGUCCCGAAUUCCUGCGUCUUCCCUCUGGGUGACCGUAACGUCGACCCCAAGACCCUGAUCAGCCUUGUUCUCCGCUACCUCGUCACCCUCUCUGUGGAGGAGGAGAUGAUGGAGCAGACUGUGCUUCUCCUCGAGCCCGAUUCCGUCCUGUUGGAGUGUAUGAGAGAGGUCUUCGAGCCCAAGGGUGUUAACGUCAUCGCUUGCACCACCACCCCUCUCAAGGGGAAGCCUGCCGGUGAGCGCUACAUCCACCCUUACGCCAGCAACCGUGAGCUCAAGGCUCUCUUCCCCGCCAACGGCGCUUCAAUCAUCGAUUUCCUCCCCGAGGGCAGCGAGCUCUCUGAGGCUAUCCUCGACUGCCUCCCCGAGAACUGCGAGUACCACUCCCGCUUCUCCCUUCUCACCUCCGAGCACGUCGUCGCUCUCGGGGACUCCAUGGACAUUGAGGGUAUCUGGGAGGGUGCCAUCGCCAAGGCGUUGGAGAGCAUGACCGGUAUGAAGGGCCAGAUGGGCAUUCCCAACCUCGACUCCGUCUCUGUUCCCGAUCUUCUGGACCAGUCCGGCAGCGGGAAGCCAUUCCAGAUCCUCGACUGGCGCGCCGACCGCACCGUCCAGCACAUCGCCAAGCCUCUCCUCGGCACCCAGCUCCUCCGCCCGUACAAGACCUACGUCCUCGUCGGCCUGACCCGCGACAUGGGCCAGAGUCUCUGCAACCUCUUCUACGAGCACGGUGCCCGACACUUGGUCCUGGCCAGUCGCAACCCCAACAUGAACCCUCAAUGGAUCGACGACCUUGCCGCCAAGGGCUGCGAGGUCCGCAUCGAGCGCCUCGACGUCACCAGCAUCGAGAGCGUGAGGGCUUUCAAGGAGAGAUUGGCUACCGAGAUGCCGCCUGUCGCAGGUGUCAUCAACGGCGCCAUGGUCCUCGACGACCGCGUCUUCGCGCAGAUGGAUGAGAACACCUGGACCAGGGUCAUGCGGCCCAAGACGGUGGGAUCCAGCAACUUGGAUGAGAUCUUCUGUGACUCUGACAUGGAGUUCUUCAUUAUGACUUCGUCUUUUGCCGCCCCUGGUGGACACGGUGGACAGUCCAACUACGCCGCUGCGAACAUGUACAUGAACGGCCUCGCAGCCAACCGCCGCCUCCGCGGCCUGCCCGGCUCGGUCCUCAACAUCGGCGUCAUCUACGGCCUGGGCCUCCUCCACCGCGAGCGCAACGACAUCUACGCCUUCCUCGAGAAGGACGGCUACCCGCCCAUCUCGGAGCGCGACAUCCACCACAUGUUCCUCGAGGCCAUCGUCACGGGCCGCCCCGUCGACGGACAGAUCUACGACAUCACGACCGGCCUCAGCCGCUACAGCCCCAACAACCCGAACCCGCUGCACUGGCACCGCGACCCGCGCUUCUCGCACUUCACCGUCGAGGAGGACGCCGAGGCCGAGGAAGAGGGCGAGGGGAAGCAGAGCCUCAGGGAGAAGCUCAAGGCCGUCGUGCUCGCGUCCGAGGGCGGCGUCGGGGAGGUCGCCCAGGUGCUCGUCGAGGGCUUCUCGCGGUACCUCGAGGUCGUCCUCGGCCAGGGCGAGGGGAGCGUCCGGGGCGAGCACAGCGUCGCCGAGCUCGGCAUGGACUCGCUCGUCGCUGUCGAGGUGAGAGGGUGGUUCUACAAGAACGUCGAGCGGGAUGUUUCCGUGAUGAAGAUUCUCGGAAGUGCGAGCAUCGCAAAGUUGUGUCACGAGGUAGCUGAGGGCUAUGUUGGCGAGCGGUCGAAGGCCUAA